CAGUCAGUCAGUGUCUCCUGGACCUUCGGACGGAGAGGUCCACGCAUUCCACUCUCCUCUCCACCACCACCACCACCACCACCUUUCCUUCCACCAGCCCUCCAUCUGACAGUUCAGUCCUCUCCACCUCGCCCUCUUACCUCUCCUCCACCUUUUUUUCUCCUCUUCUUCAUUUUAUUCUCCAUCAUUCUUCCACUUCGCUCUUCCAUCUUAUAGUUUGACCUCUUCCUCCACUCUUCCACUUUUUCACUUAUUCCACUUCGUCAUUUCAUUUCGUCUUUUUAUCUUCCAUCGUUGUUCCACUUCUUGUUUUGGUUUCCUCCUCCUCUUCCACUUCUUCCAGAUUGUCCACAUACCUCCACUUCGGUAAUUUUAUCUCUUUUUUGUUUUCUUCUUCAUCAUUCUUCCACUUCGCUCCUCCUCCACCUUACUUAUUCUUCUUUCUCCUUCCUCCACCUUCUUUAGUUUGGUUUCUUCGCUUCCUCUCUCCACUUUUUUCCAUUCCUCCACCUCGUAGUGUUUUUCAUCUCUAUUAUCCACCUUUCCGCCUCUUCCUUCCUCCUCAAUUCCUUCCUUCAACUCUCUAUUUGAUCUUUGUUCUUUCCACCUUUCUAUUUCACCUUUCUCCUCCACUUCCUACUUUCAUUUCGUUUUUUCAUCCAUCUCUCCUCCACCUUCUCAUUUACUCCAGUUUCCACUCUCUUUCGCUUCUCCUCCAUCUUCUUCCUCCACUUCCUACUUUUUUAUCUCUUCUCCGACUAUCUACUUUCAUCUUCUCUCCUCUUCCACUUUCUCAUCUCCACUAUUUCCUAUUUUCUUUCGUUUCUUCAUCAAUCUCCAUAUUCUUCUUCCUCCACUUCCUACUUUUUGAUCUCUCUUCCCCUCCUAUCUCCUUUCAUCUUCUCUCCUCUUCCACUUUCUCAUCUCCUCCACUUCCUAUUCUCUUUCGCUUCUUCAUCAAUCUCCAUCUCCUUCCUCUACUUCCAUCCUUUCCUCCCUCCAUCACUUUCCCUUUCACACUUAAUCACUUUCCUUCCCUCUUUCACUUUCUCACGUUACCUGCUCACACCUGGCCGUUAAGUAGAAAGUGUUACCUGGGGCCGCUUGAACCUACCUGUUAAUCACAUUUUAUCACCUGUAAUUUUGAAGUUUUCGGGUAUAGUCGGUGUUCUUGCCAAUCUGUACGCACUGUGAUGGGGUUUGAUGCCAUUUUGUACACAGGUGUUUGACAGGUGAACGAGUUGAUUGAUGACUCGCUGUUAUUUUUAUUAGUUUUGUUUGGUGAGUGAUUUUUUGGGGGGUCACCUUGCCUUGCCUUGCCUGACCUUACCUAAUCUCACCUUACCAAAUCUUACCUUACCUUACCUUACGUUACCUUACAUGACCUUACCUCACUUCACCUUACCUCAUCUCACCUGACCUUACCUUACCUUACCUUACCUGUGUGUUACGUCAAAGGUGUGUAAUUGCUUUUUCUUACCUGGAUCUCACCUUCUUUUGUUAAUUGGUCACGGAAUUUUCUUUUUUAAUCUUGUGUCACUAAAACUUAACCUUUCACUCUUAUAAUCAAUUAGUUAUAUACAGUUCAAUUUUUUUUUUUCGUUUUUUCUCUACGGUCACACUACGUACUUUGUUUGUUUGUUUGUUUGUGUACGUGGUUCGUGUGCGUAAGUUCCAGUAAGUUAUAUCGUGUACAUUUUUUGUGUGUGCAUUUUUUCCCCCCUCGAUAUGUGCGUUCAUGCUUCCGUGAAGAAGUGAAGGACGAUUGAGCUAACGGCAGGGAGGAUUAGGUAAUUCUCUCUCUCUCUCUCUCUCUCUCUCUCUCUCUCUCUCUCUCUCUCUCUAGGAAGCCUCUAGGUGGUAAUUCACCGCGUUUUCUUCCUAAUCUUCCUCCCAUUUUCUCAUCCUCUUCCCAUCUCGUUUUCUUUCCAUUUUUUCCUAUUCUCAUUCUAUUCAUCCAACUUUCUCUCCUUCUUCUCUUUCCAUUUCGUCCUAUUUUCCUUCAGUUCUUCCCAUUUUCUCUCCAACCUUCCCAUCUUCUUUCUAUCAUUAUAAGUGAACGAGGAAAAUUAUAUAGAACGUAACAGUUAAAACAAAAAAAGAGAAGAAAUGCAUAUCACGUCCUUUGAGAUGGAGGGCGUGGAGGAAAUGAAGGGCAGCGUGGAGACAGUCGAGGAAGGCGAAGGAGUAGGCAGACCGAGGAAGACCGAGGUAGCAAAGUCCAGAGAGGCUUUAGUCGAAGAGCCCACUCAUGCCCGCCUUCUCUACUCCAUUGAAGACAACCCCCCAUGGUACAUCUGCUUAGCUCUGGGCCUGCAGCACUUCCUCAUGAUGGUGGAGUCGACGGUGAGCAUCCCGUACCUGCUCACGCCCCUCAUGUGCAUGGCUGCCACGGACCCUGCGCGCGGCCUCAUCGCCUCUACCAUCAUCUUCGUCAGCGGCAUCGUCACGCUCAUGCAGACAACCUUCGGCGUCAGGUUACCGAUCGUUCAGGGGGGGACUCACGGAUUCCUCAGUCCCAUCCUUGCUAUCCUUGCCCUUCUGCCCUGCCCCCCGGAGAGUGAAAUACUCGAACUGGGCACAGACGACCGCCGAGACCUGUGGCAGACGCGCAUGCAACAGGUCCAAGGGGCGAUCUGCGUGGCGGCAAUUUUCCAGGUGUUAGUCGGAUUCACAGGUGCGGUGGGUGCCCUGCUCCGGUGGAUCACGCCCUUGGUCAUCGUGCCCACUAUCACGCUCAUCGGCUUCUCCCUCUUCAGCGUGGCGGCGUCCAAGGCGGCGGCGCACUGGGGUAUCGCGGCGCUAACCAUCGUGCUCCUGAUCCUGUUCUCGCAGUACCUGGGCGGCGUGGGCAUCCCGUGGUUCUCCUGCUCACGAGGUCGAGGGGUGACCCGGAGCAAAGUCUACAUCUUCAAGCUCUUCCCGGUCCUUCUGGCAGUGGCUUUUGCGUGGCUCAUGUGCUGGAUCCUGACCUAUCUUGAAGUCCUGCCGGAGGGAAACCACGCUAGGACAGACCUCAGGCUUAAUAUGAUCAGUGAGGCGCCGUGGUUCAGACUGCCCUACCCCUGUCAGUGGGGGCUACCCGUGGUCAGCGUGGCCGGCGUGAUGGGCGUGCUAGCGGGCGUGGUUGCAAGUGUGGUGGAGAGCAUUGGUGACUACUACGCGUGUGCCAGACUCUCAGGAGCGCCGCCGCCACCCAAGCAUGCCAUCAACCGGGGCAUCUGGAUGGAAGGCCUCGGCACCGUCCUGGCUGGGCUCUUUGGCACUGGGAGCGGCACCACCUCCUACUCCCAGAACGUCGGUGCCAUUGGUGUGACGAGGGUGGGGAGUCGGCGCGUUAUCCAGUACAGCGCCGCGGUCAUGCUAGUGUGCGGGGUCAUCGGGAAGGUGGGCGCCCUCUUCAUCACCAUCCCUGAGCCCAUCAUCGGCGGCAUCUUCUGCGUCGUCUUCGCCAUGAUCACCUCCGUCGGGCUCUCCAACGUGCAGUUCAUCGAUCUCAACUCCUCCAGGAACCUCUUCGUCCUUGGUUUCUCCUUGUUCUUUGGCCUGGCGCUGCCCAUGUGGAUGCAGCUCCCAGAGAACGCCUCGGCCAUCGCCACUUCGCUCCCCAUGCUGGACCAGGUGCUGUCUGUGCUGCUGAGGACGCCUAUGUUCGUGGGCGGCUUCCUGGGCUUCUUCCUCGACAACACGAUACCUGGCACGGAGGAGGAGCGCGGGUUGGUCGCUUGGAAGUCGAUGCUGGAGAUGAAGGAAGGACAGCAGGAGGCCAACACAGUGCCUAUUGACUACUCUUGCUACGACCUUCCCCUGGGCAUGGACAGGAUAAGAAGGUGGGGCUGGACCAGGUUCGUGCCCGUGCUGCCCACCUUCGUCGGCUGGGGGGCCAUCAAGAGACGCUGCGCACCCUCCUCGCCCUCCAAUUGCAAAGUGUAACCCCUCUUCCUCUUCCUCCUCCUCUUCCCCUUAGUCACCAUACUUGUGCCAUUUUUUUGUUUGUAUGUGUUUUUUUUUUUUUUUAUAUUCGUCCAAGUGUUUUUUUUAUGUAUGUUGUUGUUCUGUAUUUUAUUUGCUGUUUUUUUUCCAUUUUUUUCUUUUCAUCUUUCUUAUCUCUAUUUUGUUUUAUUUAUUUUCUUUCAUCUUCAUUUUUAGUCGCAUUUUUUUCGCUCCUUCUUCUUUUUAUGAAUAUUUUUCUUUCUCCUUUUCUUCUUUCAUCCCUUUUUAAUUCUUUGUUAUUUGUCUAAGUACUUAUUUUAUUUUGCUCUCUAGACCUUAUUUUUGGCUCAAUUUUUAAAGUCAUUCGAUUAUUGUUUUUUUUUCUUCGUUGUCUUCAUUGUUUCCUUUUUAUUAUAUUCAUUCAUACGUUAUUAUUUUUUUAUCAUUGUUAUUUUGUUCUCAUCUGUUCGUCUUUUUUUUCAUUCCCAUUUUCUUCAUUCUCUUCUCUCCCCCUCCCCCUCCCCCUUCGUCCCGUCUCCUUAUGCCCCUCCCCCCUUAAACCCCAACUCCUCCCCUACCUCUUAAACCCCUCCCCCUAUUCUUAAGCCCCUCCCCUUUCCCAUAGACUCCUCCCCCUCCCCCUAUUCUUAAACCCCUCCCCCUAUUCCUAAGCCACUCCCCUUACCUCUUAAACCCCACCCCCCUUUCCUUAAACCCCUCCCCCUCCUCCCUAACCCCCUCCCCUAUUCUUAAGUCCCUCCCCUUACCCUUAGACUCCUCCCACUCCCCCUAAACCCUCCCCCUCUCCUUAAACCCCUCCCCCUAUUCUUAAGCCCCUCCCCUAUUUUUAAGCCCCUCCCCUAUUCUUAAGCCCCUCCCCUUACCCUCAGACUCCUCCCACUCCCCCUUUUCCCCUUCCCCUUCCCUUCCUUCCCUUCACCCUUCCCCCUUCACCCAACACCAUCACUGCCUUCUCAAUAAUGGUUAAAACGUGUGUGUGUGUGUGUGUGUGUGUGUGUGUGUGUGUGUGUGUGUGUGUGUGUGUGUAGGAUUUCUUUAUCAUUAUUAUCAUUAUUAUUACUAUUAUUAUUACUGUUACUAUUAUUAUUAUUAUCAUUAUUAUUAUUAUUAGUUGCUAUAGGGUAUGGCUGGUUCAUGUCUUCUAUAAUGUGCAAAUAAAAGA